UUUUUUUUUUUUUUUUGCAUCAUGGCGGACAGUUCAAUUAUUGGCAAGAUCCAGUCGGCGCUCAUGUCGGCAACAAAUGAGUUCACGGCAACAGCGGCGCAAAUCAACUUCGACUUCACUAUGGUCAAAUACGAAGCCCCGCCCGAGUACCAGGCACUGAACCAAAGUCUGUCCCAGAGACGGAGGCAGGAUGCCGAGAGCGGUCAAGCGCAUGUCACAGCUCGGCGACUUGGUGCACUUUUUGAUGGGAUCCCGCCACCCACCCCAAAACUCAUCAGCGCAUAUGGCACAAGGGCCUCCGACAUCUUCAACGACGUGUCAGCGCGGGGGAGCCUCAAGGUCUCAAACUGGAUAUUCUCCGAGUACGCAGGCAUCGAUGCCACGAGCAUCUGGGCCGCGGCCACGUCCAGAAAAGCGGCUCUCCCUGUCCACCUCCUGGCGUGUUUGCUCGCCAGGAUCUGGGACGAAUCCGAGGCCACGUCGAUUUGGGUCGAGAUCGUGGCCGAGAGGAGGAAGGAGGUCGCCGCCAAGUUUGAGAGCGGGGCCGAGGUUCCCAUUGCCCAAACCACCGCCGCGAUGCAAGGCGAAAUCACCAGGGAGCAGCUGUCCAAGUGGGAUGCCUCUGCCCGCUCUUGGCUCCGCACCGCCGACACCGUCAAGAAUCUCCAGCAAAAGCAACUCCUUCUUAUCGUCAAAAACAUCAGCAUCCCGGUCAACCUCGAGAACAACCCUUAUAAGAGCAUCAUGGCCGCCUGGACGUCGGCCUUGGAGACUAUGGAACUGCUCAUAUCCGGCGCCCCACACGUCGUUCGAGAUGGCGCUGUGCUCAUUGCUCUCUCAGCUUGGCAUUUAUACCCCGAUAUGGUCAUAUUCAGCGGCUCAGACGGAAGUAAGGAGAUCCUGAUGAACGACCCUCUCAUACACCCGGGAGGCAUCCUCUCACUGGGAAUCUCCGACUCUGGGAAUCGAGCUACCAAGGGCGUCUACUGGUCUUUGUCGCUUGCACACCACAAAUUCUAUGGCCGGGCGAUCAACAAACUGGGCCAGCUCGACAGCGACGGUUCUCGAAUGACCUUUGCCGAGCUCCAACAGGCCGUCCUGGGCGUCAUUCUCGCGCACUGGAAUGUGCUUCCGGACCAGACGGCAGACGCACUCAAGCUUCUGCUGCAAAUUGUCUCGUCAUUGCCAUUUGACCAACUGUCCUUCGAAGACAGGUGGAUCGAGAUGAUCACAACGCCCAUUCUGAGCUACUUCCAGGAUGAGGAGAGCGGAACCAUUCCGAUCUCGUUUGGGAGGCGCCGGCGUGGAUUCAUACCCAGUCCCCCCAACGGACCCGAGAGACCAUUUUUCGGACUGACUGACAUGGCUGGCCUUUUCCCGCAGAUAAAGUCCGCAGAACUCCGAGUCGAAUUUCUCCGCAGGCUGGCUCAGAGAGUUGCGUGGCUGCAGGACACAGAGGCCUGGAUUGCAUUUCGUCUGGACAAAGUGGACAGUGCCGACGCCGACGCCGCCGAUGUAGACGACUUGGACCAUGUGUGGUGUUUUGCGACCGUGUUUCCGUCCGAUUCAACAAAAGGCGAGAGCCGCCCACGGCAUCACCGCCGUUGGGUUCCACACUGGAUGGCAACGGCUGGGGAUCGAGUUCCCAAUCCCCAUUCGGAGCAUGUCUUGUACUUGAGCGCGACAUUCCCGCUCAUAUGUCACAGCCGUGACUCAAUUACCUCCCUCCAUAUGCCCCAUGAACAAAAGGAGUUUGACUUUCUGUUCGGGGACGCCAAUUCGGCGGCUGUAUUUGUUCUCCGCGAGACCACUUUUUAUGCUGGACGGACCGGGCCAACAAUCACAACCGAUGACGUCCGAUGGUGUCUGCAAUACGAUGUGUUUUCUCAAGACAGCCUACAACGGCACAUCUUGGACAAUAAGAGCCCGAUAAUCCAGUCCCUUUUCUUGCUCACAUACGCGUCUUUGCUAUACUCGUUCCUCUCGCCUCAAGGCGCGACAAUUUCACCCCGAAUUUUCUCCGCGCCUUUCCGCAUACAACUCAUCUCGGAAUAUGUUGAAUCAAGGUCGGAAAAUCUAGCAUUUUUAGGGAUUGCCUACGGGAGUUCUUAUACUGUGUAUCAUAACCUGGCGCUUGUUGCAUACUUUGAGUCAGGGUUCGACGUUGUGCGAAGUCGCAUGGAUGGGGUGUUGGGGUUAUCCAUCGGUGACUCGAUCUACGUCCCAGGAAAGCUGACGGAGGAUCCGUCUACCUCCCACGAAACCACCACAAUCCACUUCAGCCGGCUUUUGGGGAAUAUCGGAAACCCUGGGCUGACGGUGCUCACGUGUCCUGCCUCGCCAGAAGCCCGAGAAGUCGAUCUGAUGGGAUGGAGAAAGGCAGCAGACAACUACACGGGAACCCAGGACAAUUGCUUCAACCAAACAACCCUUCACCUUUCCUUCACGGAAUGGAAAUCACCGCUGUGGAUGGAAACUGCUGUCGGCCAGCGCGAUACUCAAUGUAUGCACGUGGAAGCCGUGGUAUCGGUCCGCGACUCGGGACAGUGGGUGGCAGACGUGGACAUCAUGAAGGCCUUGACGCAUGCCGACGUGCAAUUCCUGCGCUCACAAGAGGAAAAGUGCCCACAUUCAACCCCCCAGCCCCCCGGCCGCCAGAUUCUGGCGCUGGAGACGUGGGAUCAAAUACUUGACUGCCCAGAUGGGAUCGUUGUUACAAAGUCACACGGCAACUGGGUCGCCCGGUUGGCACUGGUGUCGGUGCUGGCCCAACACUGCAAGACCGUGGCGAGAAAGAUCAUCGUCUGUCCCGACAAAGUUUGUUGGAAGUGCGUGGACUUUCCUUCCUUUAAUAAUGCUGUUUAUGUGUACUAGACACGGGUCUGAAGGUCCUAUUUUGUGUUCACGAUACCGUCGUUCCUAUCUGCCAUUUCAACGCUAUUCAGGUUUCAAAAGCAAAAUUCAUGAUUAUCAGUAUAUCUGACCUCAUCUUGUCGAGUUGAAAGUGGGCGAUAAAACUAACUUGAAGCUUAACCGGGAAUGUCGGCAAAGCUCUAACAUUGUCCAACGACACAACGACGAUGAACCCAUUCUCAAAUUUGUUUGCUGCCUCUUGCGUAUCACGUACAAUCAGUGCCAUGAAUCAAAUUCAAGAUGUUGCAUGGGGUUACCCAUGACGACAUCACUAUGAUACCCG